ACUCGCCUUCGUCAGUCUCCCACGUCUCGACUUGGUUCACUCGUUCCCCGGAUAUCGUCUGUGCAGGACAAGUUCCCUUCAAGUCCUUUAAACUCGCGCAUAAUCGAUUUUCACGAGUGAAAAAUAGAAAUCGUUGAAUGGAAAGAUCAAUCAGAGGUGCUUCAAACGCCUAUCAAGCGAAUUCGAUCGAUUGUCGUCAAACAUUCGGAGUGAUGAGUAAAUAAACAUUUUCACAAGUGAUUUUAGCGCGAGAGAAGUGUUGAAAAUAUUCGGUGGAAUUGACUGAUGAAUUUAUUUGAUUAAUGGAAGGUUUUUAUGCAGUUCUCGAGGGUCAAGUGCACUCUCAAAUCAAUUUCACCUGAAAGAUGUUUGAAAAAUCGUUUCUUCUCAUCAAAAAAUAAAUUGAAAUGUUGUAAAAAAAUUGGGGCUUAAAUGAUGUAGAUAAUCGUCUCCUGCUCCAGAAACAAAACAUAUUUACUUGAUUUUCCGAUAUUAGAUGCAUUUUUCAUGGCUCAAAUGCAACGAGGAAAUGGCAAAUGAAUUUUUUUCAACUGAAAAAUCCUAAAAACAAUUUAGCAAUUGGAUGAAUCGGCGAUUCAAUUUUUUCCAUUUACCCUAGAGCAGAAAAAAUAUUUUCUGACAUUACCUCACAACUGAGUACAUAACAAUACUGGCCGGUGGGUUAUCGUGACACCUGUAAUCACCGACAAACGAUUAGAACUGUUGUUUACAUCAUCCCGAAGGUUGCUUCUAGUGCUUCUGGUGAUUGUAUUUGUUUGUGAUUUGUGAAGGGAGAGUAGUGGUCACUGCUGAUUGUUUAUAUGCGGGGACGACCUCGAUCUUGAGAGCAGUCGCCAAUGGCUCGACACGACCGUGAGUUAUGCCGGUGUCGAGUGUCCACGAGGCUUCCGUCUACCCUCAACGAGGGAAGCACGCACAAUACGUCAAUUUUGACCCAUAAUUAAUAAUUUCGUGGGGAAAGCUGAGUGCAAGGGUUUGAAGAACUCAUAAGAAAAUCAUGUACAGGUGAAAACAAAAAUUAUUUCGAUGAUGAAAAUUGAAUAACAAUUAAUUACAACAAUUGAUUUAUAAAAAAAGUUAUUGAAAGUGCUUCAUCAACUUUAUCCCAAGUGUGGAAUAAAGACAAAAAGUGAGUGAGAGAUAAUAAGGACGUAACAAUAGGGGGUGGCCAGUAGAAUCGAUUUUCCCGGAGCUCAACUGCAUCACCAGUGCAAUGACCUCCAAACCGGCAAGGUCCUACUCUGUGAGAUCGCCACGCGUCGGUGGACCACUUUCACAGUCGCUGGCGAUGAUUCCACCGACGAUGCACGGUCACGAGUUCAAUCAACCGCUCUCGCGGGUCGUCAUGACCAGGAAAACCGACCAGAGGACCUUCAGCAAAGGGCGAAAGGGUGGUGAACCGUUGCUCGAGACUGUUACGCGAGAGACUGUUGAACUUUUUAAUGGGGGAAGGGCGGAGAGGAAGUACACGUCCGAGACGAGGGAUAUUGUUACACCAAAGUCGAGCAGUAUGCCAUCGCUGAACGUAAGUGGAACCAAAAAGAAGGUGGUUGCCUUUGUAGACCAACUUGAUAUCGAAAGAUCACGUGCGGAUUCAGUGAGGUCGAAGUCGCCUCUGACAGCGUCUCCAGCGUCUCCUGGACCUCUGUCGAAUUCGUUACAUGGGAGUUUUCAUGGGAGUCUUGGGAGCGAUGGCAUGUCCUGCAGUAGUGCGAGGUCAUCAUCGGCUUCACCUGAUUCUGCACGGUACUCCUCGGCACAGAUAACAAAGACUGACACGCCUAAACCAUCUGUGCGCAGAUCUGGACCCGGCAAGGAAUUCAUCGAUCUUUGUCUAGAGACACAUAAUUUCUUCCGCGCGAGACAUGGAGUACCACCACUCAGACUUAAUAAACAGUUAUGUAAAACCAGUCAGGAUUGGGCGAAUAUUCUGGCGACAAAAGGAAGAUUGGAGCACAGAGCCAACAUCGAAUAUGGAGAGAAUUUGUACUGCAUGUGGAGCUCAAACCCAAAGACUAUCGUCAAUGGCGAUGAACCUGUUAAUGAAUGGUAUGCAGAGGAAGCACAACAUCAGUAUACCAAAGAGCCGACAACCCUGAAGAGUGGUCAUUUUACGCAGGUCGUAUGGAGAGACAGUACCGAGCUCGGUGUAGGAAUGUCGCGUAAUCGUAAUGGUGAAGUUUACGUCGUAUGCAAUUACAAUCCAGCUGGCAACUUUCUCGGAAGUUUUAUGGAGAAUGUAUUACCACCUGGCGGAGGCUCGCCGGGGAAAAGUAAUGGUCUAGCUUCCAGAGGUGCUCACUCAGCUGUCGAUGAGGCAGCGUGGCAGCAGGAGGCAUUGCUCGUUCAUAAUGAGUAUAGGAGGAAACACAGAGUGCCUGAUCUGAGACUCAGCGGGGAAUUGACUUCUGCUGCGAGGGCUUGGGCGAACACUUUAUUGAACACAAACAAACUGGUCCCCCAGUCGAGCUCUCCAUUCGGUGAGAACAUUUACUCGGUGCAGUGCUCCGAUCCCAAUCUCAUUGUUCCUGCACGUGAGGUUGUGUCCAAGUGGUACGCUGAACGAAAGGACCACAAGUAUGGCAUCGAACCAAAAGUAUUAAAUACCUGUCAUUUCACACAGAUCAUCUGGAAAUCCUCCACCGAGAUGGGGAUAGCAAUGGCCAAAAAGGACGGGACUUGCGUUAUCGUGGCGUGUUACCACCCGAGAGGUAACAUUGUCGGACAGUUCACCGAGAACGUCCCGAAGCCCUCGCGUAUCGCAUGAUAAGUGCCCAACUCGUCGAUAACGUACCUAGACCCUUGUAUUUACCCAAAAACCCCAAAAAAUUUCUCGUAGGUGUAAAUAAAAAGGAACCACGUAACUACUACGUGAAAAUAAACAUUCCACACCCAAAAUAAUGAGUAAAACCUUAAGACAAAUAAUUCUUUAUAUUUUUAUAAUUAAACAAAACGUUUUUGUUAUUACGAAAAAAUUUCUUUGACUAUGAAAAAUUGAAAAGAAAAAUCUUGUCUAUUUAAGCAAUAUUUUAGAGUGAAUAUCAACAGUACAUGCUAUAAUUAGGGGAUAUUUAUAAUGAAUUUACCUCAUGCAUUGCGUUCAUAGAAACGACAACACAGGAUAUGCAAUGGGGACAUGUUCUCUUCUUAUUUUCGAUCAUUUUUCUUUCUUUAUUACUUUAAAUACGGACGUUCACAUUUGCUUCCAUUUUGGUAUUUUUUUUUGUUUCCGGUCGAGAAUUUAACUUUACUUAAACUUUAAUCACGAUUAUUUUCGACGCCUCCAAGAAAAUUUAAUUUAAUGAGAAAUCAUUGUUACAUUAAAAUUUUUUUUAUUUAAAUCUAAUCGAUUAGGGAGUUGGAUCAAAAAUUGUUCAUCGUUGGGUACAUCAGACAAUAAUCUGUUUUUCCCUUUUAUCAGGACGUAUUCAUAUGUAUUCAUAUUUUUAUGAUAUCGGUGGUAUGAAAAUUGAUUGAAUUAUUUAGUGAAGGGAAUCUUUUUUUGUUCAAAAUUGAAUUCUCAACGAAAGUAAGUCUCUUAACAUUACGCUCUAGAACUCUCGUUUCGCAAAUAUUUACAGAAUAUAGUAAAUUUACUGUUUCAACUUAUUUUUUCUCAUCUUUUCACUAAUUGAUUCAAUUAAUAAAACGAUACGCGUUACAUCACUCUCGUGUUUUCUCUUAAAAAUCGGUAGAAAAGAGGCGUCUAGUCUUAAUAUACAAAGCGUGUAUGCGUUGAAAAUUUUUACUCCACUACUUUCUUCAAUUCACAUUUGUUGAUUUCAAUGGAGAAAUUAUUCACUUCCGAUUAAACACACUCGUACAAUUGCCUAAGCCGAAUUCUAGAUGCAAUUUAUUUCAUUCUAAUGUCGAGAUCAGGUUUAGACCUAGUCAUUCAAGAAUACACUGUAAGAUUUUCAGAUCAACUAAUGAGAAUUGUAAAAAAAAUCGUUAGAGAUAGAGUCGAAGAGGGAAAUACGAAAAUUACUGAGCAAUUCGUAACUGAUCAAUUGCGGACAUAAUGUACAUCUACAUUGUGAUUGAAUUUAAGCAUUUGAAAGCAGCAAUUUAAGACGUGAAAUUAUUUAGAUGAUUAGUUAGGGGUAUGCAAGGGGGCAAUCCCUGGAGAGGAAUGAAUUUGAGGGAGAAAUAAAUUUUGAACUCUUUACAAUGGCAAGAAUAGUUUAAAAAAACACUUGUGUGAGAUUCAAUGAGAACAAUUGGGUAUGAUUGUACUGAAAAUAUAACAUUUGAAGAUA